GCGCCGCCACCGCCGCCGCCCCCGGCCCGUGCCCGCACCGCGCCUGCCCCGCGCCUGCCUUGGCCGGCGCUUGCCCGCCGCCGCCUUCCCGGCCGGCUCGGCGCCUUCUCGGCCUCGGCUCGGCGCCCGCAACAUGCAGCAGCAGCAGCCUGGGUGGCGGCGGCGGCUGUGAAGCAAGGGCCGUGUGCCCGGGCGGGCGGCGCGGGAGGGCGGCGGCGUCUUUGUUGCGGCCGGGCCGCCGCGGCCUUUGUCUGCAGAUGGACGCGGGCGGCCGCCCCGCCGCCGAAGGCUGGAGGAGGAUGGAGGCACCGCCGGAGGGCGCCGACCUGGUGCCGCUGGACCGCUACGACGCGGCGCGGGCCAAGAUCGCAGCCAACCUGCAGUGGAUCUGUGCGAAGGCCUAUGGCCUAGACAACAUCCCUGAGGACCUCAGAGAUCCUUUUUACAUCGACCAGUAUGAGCAGGAGCACAUUAAGCCACCCGUCAUCAAACUUCUCCUGUCAAGUGAGCUGUAUUGCCGUGUCUGCAGCCUCAUCCUAAAAGGGGACCAGGUGGCUACCUUACAAGGACACCAGUCUGUCAUUCAGGCCCUGUCCCGGAAGGGCAUCUAUGUGAUGGAGAGUGAUGAUACCCCUGUGACAGAUGCUGACCUCAGCCAGGCACCUAUUAAGAUGAGUGCCCACAUGGCAAUGGUGGAUGCCCUGAUGAUGGCCUAUACUGUGGAGAUGAUCAGCAUUGAGAAGGUGGUGGCCAGUGUCAAGCGAUUUUCUACAUUUAGCGCCUCAAAAGAGCUUCCGUAUGACCUCGAGGAUGCCAUGGUAUUCUGGAUCAAUAAGGUAAAUCUUAAAAUGAGAGAGAUAACAGAGAAAGAAGUUAAAUUAAAACAGCAGCCACUGGAAAGUCCUGCCCAUCAAAAGGUCCGCUAUCGGCGAGAGCACCUUUCCGCUAGGCAGUCACCCUACUUCCCGUUGUUGGAGGACUUGAUGAGAGACGGCAGUGAUGGCGCUGCUCUCUUAGCGGUGGUUCACUAUUAUUGCCCAGAGCAGAUGAAACUGGAUGAUAUUUGCCUGAAGGAGGUUCCGUCUAUGGCUGACAGCCUAUAUAACAUCCGGCUUCUGAGGGAGUUUUCCAACGAACAUCUGAACAAGUGUUUCUAUCUCACCCUGGAGGACAUGCUGUAUGCUCCCCUAGUGCUGAAGCCGAACGUUAUGGUUUUUAUUGCUGAGCUCUUCUGGUGGUUUGAGAAUGUCAAACCAGAUUUCGUGCAGCCCCGAGAUAUUCAAGAACUGAAGGAUGCUAAAGCAGUGUUGCAGCAGAAGAGCAGCCGGCCUCCUGUCCCCAUCUCCAAUGCAACCAAACGUAGUUUCCUGGGUAGCCCUGCUGCCAUGAGCCCCGCCGACCUGCCAGCACCCACUCAGCCUCUCUCUGAAGGCAGCCAUCGGUACCACCUCCACUCGGAGGAGCCCGAGUGUCUUGGGAAAGGAGCUUCCACAUUUAGUCCAUCUCAUCCUUUGUUGCCACUGAGGCAGAAACAGCAAAAAGUGUCACAGGCAGAGGACGUCCCCGAUCAGCGACAUAGAUCGAAUUCUUUAACUCGGGUUGAUGGUCAGCCACGAGGGGCAGUAGUAGCAUGGCCAGAUAAAAAAAACAGGCCUGUGUCCCAGCCAACACCCUUUGCUCUCCAUCAUGCUGCAAGUUGUGACGUGGACCCCAGCUCUGGUGACAGUAUCAGCUUGGCCCGCUCUAUCAGCAAAGAUAGCUUGGCAUCCAACAUUAUCCACCUUACCCCACAGAAUCAACCCCAUCCUUCAGCUGGAAAGACGAACGGGAAAAGCCUCCUAAGCAAUGUCAACAUUGAGGAUGAGGAGGAAGAACUUGUGGCCAUCAUCAGGACAGAUGUAUCUCCUCAUUCCCCAGAGAUCCCCAGGACCUCACCUCAGGCCCCAGGCCUGGUAGCAAGUGUCAGAUCUCCCCAGAGACAGGUUGACACUCUGGAGAGUAAGCCUGACAGUUUUUAUUUAGAGCCCCUGAUGCCAGCAGUACUUCGGCCAGCCAAAGAGAAGCAGAUUAUCACUAAGGAAGAUGAGCUUGGAGAAGGGAGGCCAAGGACCACCAUGUCCAAGAGGCCUAGUGAGGGCUCCCAGCCUCUGGUACGGAAGAAAGUGACUGGUAACCAUGGCAGUCGUGACCUGAACAGAACUUUCACCCCAAUUCCUUGUUCAGAAUUUGCUGCAAGCAUUGAUCCUGCAGAGGUAGGACCACAGUCAGCAGAAGCUGCAGGAGAAGGGCAGCCUCUGGCCAUGGGUAGAUUUGAUCCGUUACCUCAGGGACAGACUGCUGAUGGCUUCUUCCUCCAUGUAGGCAGGGCUGAGGAAGAUGAAGGGAGGUGGUAUGUUGGUUCACAGAGCCCCAGCUCCCAUGACUCAGAACCCUGGACUAUCCUGAGACAGGACUCCGACUCUGAUGUGGUAGACGUAGAGGAUGCAGAGCAGGAUUUCAUUGGUGAGGACCAUCCUGUGGUUAUCCCCAGAUACGCUGGUGAGGAAGAAUCAGCCAAACUACAAGAGGAUAUGAAGGUGAAAGAACACGAAGACAAGGAUGAUGCCAGCGGCCGAUCAAGCCCAUGUCUGAGUACGACCUCUCAACUCAGCAGCAUGUCCAUGGCGAGUGGCAGUGUAAAGAUGACCAGCUUUGCCGAAAGGAAGCUCCAACGGCUCAACAGCUGUGAGACCAAGUCCAGCACCAGCAGCUCGCAGAAGACUACCCCAGAUGCAUCUGAAAGCUGCCCAGCUCCUCUGACGACAUGGCGCCAGAAGAGGGAGCAGAGCCCUGGCAGGCACAGCAAGGACCCUGCCAGUCUUCUGGCUUCUGAGCUGGUGCAGCUACACAUGCAGCUAGAGGAAAAGCGCAGGGCUAUUGAAGCCCAGAAGAAAAAGAUGGAGGCGCUGUCUGCGCGGCAGCGUUUGAAACUGGGCAAGGCAGCCUUUCUGCAUGUUGUGAAGAAGGGGAAGGCUGAUGGUGCCCCACAGCCACUGAGGCCCGAACACUUCACUAAGGAGUUCACACAGCACAAUGGGGAGGACUUGGAUGAUGGCACUUGUAAAACUGAAGGAUUCCUCGUCAAAGAAGAUCAAAGAGGUCUCGGUGAGUCUCAGGAUAUGGCAUUUGUCCAGCUGCAUAAACCCAGGGACCCAGCUUCUCUGCAUGAAGGCGAGAAGCACAGAGUGAUUUCCACUGCUCUCCUAGAGGACAGUGUCGGCGAGGUAGAUGUGACUGAGUGUGACCUGUCUAUCGAAAAGCUGAAUGAGACCAUCAGUACACUGCAGCAGGCUAUACUGAAGAUCUCCCAGCAGCAGGAGCAACUUCUCAUGAAGUCUCCCACAGUGCCAACACCAGGCGCUAAAAAUAACUGCCAGGACCAAAAGGUAAAGGCCCCAGUCCACUUUGUUGAGCCACUCUCUCCAACUGGUGUGCCUGGCCACCGCAAACCCCCGCGGCUUGGCCAAGGCCGGAACUCCCGUCCGGGAAGGCCAGCUGAAUUGAAGGUUCCAAAAGACAGACAGCAGAGUUGUUCCCGGAGCAAAACCCCAACACCCAGUAUGGAGACACUCCCACAUCCUCGAUCUUUGCCCCCAAGCACCCAUCCACGGUCGCCCUCCGACCCAGGUGGGGAACCCCCUGAGAAGUGUCUCUUUGACAGUUACAGGCUCCAUGAUGAGAGCAACCAUCGGAUAUUAGUUCAGUCCUCUUGCAAAGAUGCAAACAUUGUAUCAGAACAGAUGAACUUUAAAGAGGGUCUGGAUACAAGUGUGAAAGAGGCGGGGCUGAGCUCCUCUGCCAUCUCAGGCAAAGAACACACCCUGAUGGAAGAGCCGUUGAGGAGCAAGGCCAGCCUCAUUGAGGUGGACCUCUCUGACCUGAAGGCCCCUGACGAGGAUGGGGAGGUGGUUGGCCAUGAAAGCUCAGCAGAGCUUGGUGGAGAUGGCGACCAGAAGCCUGGUGUUGGUUUCUUCUUCAAGGAUGAACAGAAAGCAGAAGAUGAGCUUGCUAAGAAGAGGGCAGCCUUCCUUCUGAAACAGCAGCGCAAGGCUGAAGAGGCUCGUGCGCGCAAGCAGCAGCUGGAGGCUGAAGUGGAGCUCAAGCGAGAUGAAGCCCGGCGUAAGGCUGAAGAGGAUCGACUACGGAAGGAGGAGGAAAAGGCCAGGCGAGAGCUUAUUAAACAGGAAUACUUGCGGAGGAAGCAGCAGCAGGCCUUGGAGGAGCAAGGACUUGGCAAACCUAAAUCGAAGCCUAAAAAGCCUCGGCCAAAGUCAGUUCACCGAGAAGAGUCCUGUAGUGACUCUGGAACCAAGUGUUCCUCCACCCCUGAUAACUUGAGUCUCACGCACUCUGGCUCCAGCCUGUCCUUAGCAUCUGCAGCAACAACAGAACCUGAGAGUGUUCAUUCAGGGGGCACACCUUCUCACCGAGUUGAAUCACUGGAAGCCUUACCCAUCCUGAGCCGCAACCCCAGUAGGAGCACAGACCGAGACUGGGAAACUGCAUCGGCAGCUUCUUCUUUGGCCUCUGUGGCCGAGUACACAGGUCCUAAACUCUUUAAGGAGCCCAGUAGUAAAUCAAACAAACCAAUUAUUCACAAUGCCAUCUCUCACUGCUGUCUGGCUGGAAAAGUGAAUGAACCUCACAAGAAUUCAAUAUUGGAGGAGCUGGAGAAAUGUGAUGCCAACCACUACAUCAUUCUGUUUCGAGAUGCGGGGUGCCAGUUCAGGGCGCUGUACUGCUACCAGCCUGACACUGAAGAAAUCUACAAACUCACUGGCACAGGGCCAAAGAGUAUCACCAAGAAGAUGAUUGACAAACUGUAUAAAUACAGCUCAGACCGAAAGCAGUUUAACCUGAUCCCAGCCAAGACCAUGUCCGUCAGCGUGGAUGCACUCACAAUCCAUAACCACUUGUGGCAGCCCAAGCGGCCCACAGUGCCAAAGAAGACCCAGACUCGUAAGUGACUGUGGCAACCAGGACUGAGAGGAUGUGCUGACGGGAUUCUUAUUUAUUAUUUUCAUUCAUUCGGUACGAAAUGUGAGGAGCCACAGACAGUGUUUACAGAGGUUCCUACAGAACAGAGAAGAUCCUCUCACCCCUGCACGCAUGGACGCUGGGCACGGAGAAUACAGGAGUGAGUGCUGUUUUUCAUGGGCACAGCUGCUGUCGCCCUGCAGACCGCUGAGAUCCCCAGAAUAAGGGACAUCGUGGAGUGAGGUCCUGGGCUGUGAACCCUCACUUGAAGUUCUUCAGGAUAAGUUAAAUGUGAUCUGCUCUCUGGCCUCCCUUCACCCACUCCUUUGCACAUUGCCUGAUGCCCCAUGUUGGCCAGCUGUAAUCGUGCGUGAUUAUAGGGCCGAGGCUUGUUCUCGGGUCAGGGUGUUUGAAUGUCUUCAUAAAAGGAGUUCGUAUGGGAAAUCUUUUUCAUUUUAGAAAUUGUAUGAUAUUUAUUGACUGUGUCUACUGCCAACCUUUAUAUCCAGUUCUAAGAUUUCUGAAAGAAAAAAAAAAUCCUGUUCCUUGCUGCUCAGAAAAAGUUUACUGAAAAUAUCAGUUCACUAAAAGCACUGAAAUCAGCAAAGUUUGUCUUCUGCUAAAAUGACGUUUACAUAUUUGGAGUGAUUAUUUCUGCCACACAGUUGGGAGGGUUGUGGGGUACUGCUAGCUGAUGCUGGCCUCGUUGGAAGCAGGCAGCCUAAGCCAGCUUCAACCACCACUGGUUAGGUGUGGGAAUGUGCUUAUUUGUUCACUUUAAUAAAGGCAGAUUUUGGUAUAGUAGUGUACUCUCCCCCUUUGGCCGCCGGCUCCUUUGUGGUGCUGUCAUGUCCUGGCUUGCCUACCAUAGUUCUUGCUUCUGGAGGAGCACAUGCUCAGCCGGGUGUGCAGUCUCAGGUGAGGUUGGUAAUUCUUCUUGGUUGCCUCUUUAAAAACUUGGUUAUUUGCAGUUAUUUCAGAAUGGUGUAGCUGCUUCGGGUCCUUUUCCCCGGGUCCCUGUGGUGACUCUGUCAGAACAGACAUUCCUGGGGAGCAGAGGUGCCCAGCGAUGGAUCAGUUGUGAGAAGACCCUGGAGCCACGUUUAGUUUUGCACAUUUCUUUUUGAGAGUGUUACUUGAAUCUGAACUGCAGGAGGGAAGCGAAGGUAAUGGAGGAACAUUAGACAAGUGUUGGCCACCCAGGCAGACAGGAAAGGAGCCUGGGACAGAAACCAGAGGAGGUGAGGUUGUCAUCUUCCUCUUCAUUCAGUUGGGGUGGCACCGUGUUGUACGAGCAUUAAAGUCUGGCCACCUGUCA